AACCGGUAAACCCUGUCUCUUAACGUCGACAUUUUUCUUACCAGACCCGUGUUAGUGUUUCGGUCUCUGUCUUGACAAGUCCCGUUUUGUCUUCUCCCUCUAUAAAAUAACAGCUUCACUCUUCAUGACUCUUUUUUCCCCUUUUUCCACUCACUUGUCCCCUUCUCUCCCAUUCUCCGGCGACAUCGCCGGCGAUCGUUUUCACCACCGCCGCUAUAAAUUAUCCUCGUCUCCUUAGAUCUUGUCCUGUCCGUUAAAACCAAAGAAAUGGAAUGUCCUAAAGAACCAUUGGAAUCACAGUGUUCUUUAUCCGAGAUGGAUGAUUUCGAUCUGACUCGAGCGUUGGACAAGCCGAGGCUCAAGAUCGAAAGGAAGAGAUCGUUCGAUGAGAGGUCGAUGAGCGAGUUAUCGACUGGCUACUCAAGACAUGAUCUAGACAUGGCUCAUUCCCCUGGAAGCAGGUCGUUUGUGGACACACCUCUCUCUUAUGUUAGGAACUCGUUCGAGCCCCAUCCAAUGGUUGCAGAGGCCUGGGAAGCUCUGAGAAGGUCGAUGGUUUUCUUCCGUGGUCAACCCGUUGGUACCAUUGCAGCUUAUGACCAUGCCUCUGAGGAGGUCUUGAACUAUGACCAGGUGUUUGUACGAGACUUUGUGCCAAGUGCACUGGCGUUUCUGAUGAACGGAGAGCCAGAUAUAGUGAAAAACUUCUUGCUCAAGACACUUCAGCUUCAAGGUUGGGAGAAACGGGUCGACCGGUUCAAGCUUGGGGAAGGAGUUAUGCCGGCGAGCUUCAAGGUGCUUCAUGAUCCUGUCCGUAAAACCGAUACAAUCGUUGCAGAUUUUGGAGAAAGCGCUAUAGGAAGAGUGGCACCGGUUGAUUCAGGGUUUUGGUGGAUCAUACUUCUCCGUGCCUACACAAAAUCUACUGGAGAUUUGACUCUGUCUGAAACACCAGAGUGUCAGAGGGGAAUAAGGCUUAUACUCUCACUCUGCUUGUCUGAAGGGUUCGAUACUUUCCCCACGCUGCUUUGUGCUGACGGUUGUUCCAUGGUUGAUAGGAGAAUGGGUGUUUAUGGAUACCCCAUUGAGAUACAAGCUCUGUUUUUCAUGGCGCUGAGAAGUGCCUUAUCGAUGCUGAAACAUGACGAGGAAGGUAGAGAGUUCAUAGAGAAGAUUGUGAAGAGACUUCACGCCUUGAGCUUCCACAUGCGUAAUUACUUCUGGCUCGACUUUCAGCAACUCAACGAUAUCUACAGGUACAAGACGGAGGAGUACUCACACACGGCGGUGAACAAGUUUAACGUGAUGCCGGACUCGAUACCGGACUGGGUUUUCGACUUCAUGCCUCUCCGUGGAGGGUACUUUGUUGGGAAUGUAAGCCCGGCUCGUAUGGACUUCAGGUGGUUUUCAUUGGGCAACUGUGUCGCCAUCCUCUCUUCUCUGGCGACUCCGGAUCAGUCGAUGGCCAUUAUGGACCUCCUCGAGCACCGUUGGGAGGAGCUGGUUGGUGAGAUGCCGCUCAAGAUAUGUUACCCUUGCAUCGAGAGCCAUGAGUGGCGGAUCGUUACCGGUUGUGAUCCUAAGAACACUCGAUGGAGCUACCACAAUGGCGGAUCUUGGCCAGUUUUGCUGUGGAUGCUGACAGCUGCGUGCAUCAAGACCGGUCGGCCUCAAAUAGCGAGGCGAGCCAUCGACCUGAUUGAGUCACGGCUUCACAGAGACUGCUGGCCAGAGUACUACGACGGUAAGCUAGGAAGGUACGUUGGGAAACAAGCAAGAAAAUACCAGACUUGGUCAAUCGCAGGUUACUUGGUUGCUAAGAUGAUGCUUGAAGAUCCUUCACAUAUUGGAAUGAUCUCUCUUGAAGAAGACAAACAGAUGAAACCUGUUCUCAAGAGAUCUGCUUCGUGGACUUGCUGAUUUUUAACCUUUUUUCUUGUAUUAUAUAAUGUCAUUUGAGACUUGUCCUUUAUUCGAGAUUAAAGGAAUGCAAAGACCUUUCGUUUGUUUUGUUUCAUAACUCUCUUUUAUCCAAACUAGUUGAUAACUAAA